GGCAGCCUGACCCUUUCUUCAAAUGCACAGUGGUCGUUUGCUGAAGAUGGCCUAUCAACUGAGGAAUGAGGACAAAGUUCUGGGAAGAGAUAAAGAUCUGGAAGCAAACCUGUGCAGAGUAAUGGGCAGUGCUGGCCAAGGCCUGACUGCUCUGCCACAUAGCCGAGUCUGUUUUGAGGAUCCUGUGCUGUUUUUGGGCUUGGAGAAACUACCUGUGGCUCAAAACCCUGACAGCCGAAGCUGGAAGUCCCUUGACAGUCCAAGUCCCCCUGCCACACCUGAGCAAACUCUCCCUGCCUUCUGCCUGCAGUACUUUGACAUGCUCUACCCAGAUGACUGCCCUUGGGUCCCUAAGGGUCUUGGGGAGAGUCAACAGCCCAACAGCCAAGGAGGUAGGGCAGAGGUGCCCAAAGAACCAGAGCAGUGCCCAAUCAUUGACAGUCAAGGUUUGAGCCUCACACCUGAUAUGGACUACUCAGCCAGCCUUCACCUGGAGGAACACUCCCUGGAGCAAGUGCAAACUAUGGUGGUGGGUGAAGUCCUCAAGGACAUUGAAACAGCUUGCAAGCUUCUCAAUAUUGCUGCAGACCCAGCAGACUGGAGUCCAGGAAAUGUCCAGAAGUGGAUUUUAUGGACAGAACACCAGUACCGGUUGCCCCAGAUUGGGAAAUCAUUCCAGGAUCUCUCUGGAAAAGAUCUGUGUGCCAUGUCUGAGGAGCAAUUUCGUCAGCGUUCCCCAGCCUGUGGUGAUGUUUUGCAUGCUCACCUGGACAUUUGGAAAUCAGCUGCCUGGAUGAAGGAGAAGGCUGCCCCUGGAGAGAUGCAUUAUUGUGGGAAUGAAGAGAACUGGACAGACAGUGAAGUAGAUUCAUCCUGCUCAGGCCAGCCCAUUCACUUAUGGCAGUUUCUAAAGGAGCUUCUGCUGAAGCCACAUAACUAUGGUCGCUUCAUUCGUUGGCUUAAUAAGGAAAAAGGCAUAUUUAAGAUAGAAGAUUCUGCUCAGGUGGCCCGCCUAUGGGGAAUCCGGAAGAACCGGCCUGCCAUGAACUACGACAAGCUGAGCCGCUCUAUUCGACAAUAUUAUAAGAAAGGGAUCAUUAGGAAACCAGAUAUCUCACAGCGGCUGGUCUACCAAUUUGUACAUCCUGUUUGAAAAGCAGAGCAAGUGGAACAAAUUCAGAAAUACUGACUACCUUGUGGAGGAUAACUGGCACAGGACCCCCUUCUCCUCUGCAAUAUUUUAACACAGAAGAAUUCAAGCACUGGACAGGAGGCUAGGAACCUGUUUGAUCUUCAAAGACAUGUGCAUUGACUAAGUGUGGGAAAAGAGAAACACACUUGACUGUUUUUGUUAAGAUAAAAUGGAAAAAGAAGUAACUGCUAUGAAACGAAGCACAUGGUUUUGUGUAUAGGACUUUUUAAUAUACAGUGUAGCUAGAUUUCUGUCUCUCUAGCUCCAUCCUAUGGGAAGCCAAGAGAAUGUGGGGAAUUGGUGGAAAUUGAGAGAGAAUGGUGGUGGGAUUAUUUAGUAGGCGUGUUUCUUCUUUUUCUCUGAAGUUUUUGUAAGAAGCAAGGGAACAAUUUUUGGUCAGAAAAGCAAGGGAACAAUUUGUGAAACUUUGCUAAAUCUACAUUGUAGAACAAAUCAUAUGAACCAGGUGUACUAAUGAGUAUGUUUGGUAAUUUUUGAGUUGAUGGACAGAUCUCUAACACUGUAUUGUUUCAUGUUCCAUAGUUUUGCAUGGAAAUCUUAUAAGCUGCCUUAAUGGUUCCAUCUCCUUGGCCAUCUUUUGCUUCCCACUAACAAG